AUGAGUAAUCAUAAAACACUUGAUACGGUAGACGCAUUUAAAUUAAAUGCUAGCGCUGCCACCAGGAAUUAUGCUUGUAAACCUCGUAUAGAUUAUCGAACCGUCGCCAGUGUAAAUGGGCCACUUGUAAUUUUAGACCAUGUCAAGGUCCCGAAAUUUGCAGAAAUUGUAAACUUAACUUUACCCGAUGGGACACGACGCGCUGGGCAAGUUCUUGAAGUUCAGGGCAAAAGAGCGAUUGUGCAGGUUUUUGAAGGCACCCCAGGCAUAGAUGCAAAAGCAACUCAUGUUGAAUUCACUGGUGAUACGCUUCGAAUUCCGGUUUCUGAAGAUAUGUUGGGUCGAAUUUUUAAUGGAUCGGGAAAAGCUAUCGAUAAAGGCUCACCAAUUAAUCCAUAUUCACGUAUCUAUCCCGAGGAAAUGAUACAAACUGGUAUUUCUGCUAUUGACACUAUGAACUCUAUUGCCCGAGGGCAAAAAAUACCAAUUUUCUCGGCAUCUGGUUUACCACAUAACGAAAUUGCUGCUCAGAUUUGUCGUCAAGCAGGUCUUGUCAAAAAGCUCGAUAAGGGAAUACAUGAUGAUCAUGAGGAUAACUUCUCGAUUGUAUUUGCUGCAAUGGGUGUUAAUAUGGAAACUGCACGUUAUUUUAAACAAGAUUUCGAAGAAAAUGGAUCAAUUGAGCGUGUUACUCUGUUUUUAAAUUUAGCUAAUGAUCCGACUAUCGAGCGUAUUAUCACGCCUCGUCUAGCAUUGACUACAGCUGAAUAUUAUGCCUAUCAACUGGAAAAACACGUUCUUGUUAUUUUGACAGAUAUGAGUUCAUAUGCUGAUGCCUUGCGUGAAGUUUCCGCAGCACGAGAAGAAGUACCUGGACGUCGUGGCUACCCAGGCUAUAUGUACACAGAUUUAUCCACAAUAUAUGAAAGAGCUGGGCGUGUUGAAGGCAGAAAUGGAAGUAUAACACAAAUUCCCAUUUUAACGAUGCCUAACGAUGAUAUUACGCAUCCAAUUCCCGAUUUGACAGGAUACAUUACGGAAGGGCAAAUAUUUGUAGAUCGACAAUUACAUAAUCGUCAAAUAUAUCCACCUAUCAAUGUCUUGCCAUCUUUAUCUCGUCUAAUGAAAUCUGCUAUCGGUGAAGGCAUGACUAGGAAAGAUCAUGCAGACGUUUCUAAUCAAUUGUAUGCUAAAUAUGCUAUCGGAAGAGAUGCGGCGGCUAUGAAAGCUGUAGUUGGUGAGGAAGCUUUGAAUCAAGAAGACAAACUUUCUUUAGAAUUUUUGGAAAAAUUUGAAAAAACAUAUAUAGCACAAGGUCCAUACGAAUCUAGAACCAUUUACGAGGGAUUAGAUCUUGCUUGGUCCCUUCUGCGUAUAUUCCCAAAGGAGAUGUUAAAUCGUAUACCGCAAAAAAUUUUACAAGAAUACUAUCAACGUGAUCGAAAACCAAAGGGCAAACCAAGCAACAAAUCAACUGCUACGAAUGAUGAGACCCGGGGCGUUAAAAAGCUGGUUGAGAAUGAACUAACCAAAGAAGUUUUCGCUAAAGGUAAUCCUGGACACGUCCGUGUCAUUGUAGGACCCGUUCCACCAAAUGUUAACGAAAUUACAAAUGGAAUGCAUGGGUUACAUAUACGUAAAGGCGAUUGGACUUUGGACGAGCGAUUAAAAUUAUUACUGGGUGUGUUAAUUAAAAAUCUACCACAUCGUGCUGAUCCAAUCGCAGGAGUUCCAGAUGUUGUCGCAAAUGUUCCAGAUAUGAUCGCAAAUAUUCCCGACUUGGGAGAUAAGAAAGGAACUCGUGAAGGGCGAUUGGAAUUAUUGGAAGCGUUAUUGGAACGUAUGCUUCAAGUAUCGGAUUUAAAAUGGGAAGGAAUGGAAGGUAUUGUUGGAUCAAGAACUCGUAUUGGUUGCAAAAGCCAAUGGCAUGAUCAGGCUAAGAAAAAGAAAUUAAGUGAUUGGUUAUUUAAAGAUGAUUGA